UUUGUGUUGUGUUUUUCAAUGCAUUUUCAUUUUCAUGACUCGUUUUAACAACAAUUCAUUUAAACACAGUUUUUGUCACUAAUUGACUGAAGUUUGCAAUGAGUUUAGACGCCAAGAGUGGGGCGACGAGUGGUCUGUCAUUCGUGUCGGAGUCAGUCCUCGAGGAAAAGCGUCAACGAAGACAAGAGGAAUAUGAGAAGAAUAGGACUGAAGACAUGCCUUUGGAGGCGCCCGAAGAGCCGUACGAUUCGCGGACUCUCUAUGAGAGACUCAAAGAGCAAAAGGACAGAAAGGAUGAGGAGUUUGAAGAGUCUCGCAAACUGAAGAAUAUGAUCAAAGGUCUGGACAGCGAUGAGGUAUCAUUCCUCGAGAUGGUUGACAACAGGAAACUGCAGUUAGAAUCACAACGUCUUCGAGAAGAGAGUCAAACCAUCGAAGAAUAUAAGAGAGCCGUCAAUGACCUGAAUCAUGAGGAACAGGAGAAGCGCUUGAAUGACAUGAAGAAAAAUAUUUUCGCCAAAAACUUCGUUCAAAAUGAGACCAAUUCUAACAAAUCAGUUAAGAAGAGCUCUCAAUCAGCACUUCUGGCGACUGUUGUCCGCAGAAGAACUCAUUCCGACAGCCAGUCUGAGGACAAGACCCCACCAAAGAAGUUGAAGACUGACGCGACCACUGAUGCCGACCAAAAGGAUUCUGAUGGUAAAGGGAGUGAGACAUCGAGUAAAGUGUCAAACAAUGCAAGUGUUGAGUGCAUUGGAGUCCUUCCGGGACUCGGGAACUAUGCCAACAGUGAUAGCAGUGAUUCCGACAACUCUUCCGACAGCGAUGUCGAGAGAAUUGACUUUAAUUUGAUUGUUAGGCAUAAGCGACAGACAACUGAACCGUCAGCGAAGGCCCCACCGAACCAAUGAGUUACAGAGCAUUGCAUGUGAUUUGUAUGAAUAGUUUAAUCACUAAAUCCAAUAAUAUCUACAUUUUAUUUAAUUUCUAAACA